GUUUUGAAGAGCGUCUUCACUUCCGGGUUGAAAAUUUUAUUGUACACAACUCAUCUGAUAUGUAAGAUUGUAAGUAGUGAACUAUACUAUGGGUGACACAGCUGGCUUAGAGAAAGAUGCUGUAGAGUUUGCUCAACGUGCGGUAGACUGUGACAAGCGUGGUCUAUAUGACACAGCAGCUUUUUAUUAUGUGGAAGCUGCAAACGCUCUACUGACCAGCUCUAUGGCUGGCUCCCAGAUACCUGGCCUAAUAGAGCGGGCCAAUCAGUAUAUACAGAGGGCGGAGAUGAUCAAGGCAGGCCACACUGGUACUGGAAGCAGUUUCCAGGCUCCUGUUAAAACACAACAUCAGCUUAACAUGGAGAGAGCUGAGUAUACAAUUAGAGAAGCAUUUGAUGAGGAUGAAGGAGGUAACAAAGAUGAAGCAAUUGAACUCUAUAUGGAAGCAGCAGAGAUGUUCCUCAAAAUACAAAAAGAGAGCUCUACUGAUAAGGAAAAGGUUGGGAAACUGGCACUGCAAGCGAUCGAGAGAGCUGAAAAACUGAAAGGCACUGGUCCUAAAGCUCAGUUAAAACCCAAGCCACCUGAGGCAGGCCGUGCAAUGCCCCCUUUAGGGUUUGGAGCGUUUGCUGAUGCACCCGUGGGUAAUGGAUCUAAUGGGGGUGCAAGGUCUCCAUCCCAGGGUAGGCCCCGAGCAGUAGCUACCCAGGGGGCAGGAGGUUAUACCAAAGAAGAAAUCGAAGUCUUGAGACACACCUCAUAUGUGAAUAGAAGGGAAUAUGUACCAUUUAUGUCUGUGGAUGUCAGAGAAAAGUUUGGAUUUCCAAUCCCUUUCACAGAUAAGGAGGGAAAGUUAGCCCUGUCUCCAAAGCAAAAGAACAGGUUUAACAAGUGGGUGAGACCAGAUGAUUUCUUAGAUAGCCCUACUAUGAUCUUAGCUAUAUCAAGCUUUAGUAUAAAACAGACCAUUGUUUCCGACUGCUCCUUUGUGGCAUCUGUUGCUAUUAGUGCUCAAUAUGAGAGGAGAUUCAAGAAGAAACUCAUAACCAGCAUUAUCUACCCGCAGAACAGACAAGGGGAGCCCCAAUACAAUCCUUGUGGCAAAUACAUGGUCAAGCUUAACAUCAAUGGUGUGCCAAGAAAGGUUAUUAUAGAUGAUUACCUACCAAUGAGUGCUGAUGGUCAACUAUUGUGUUCCUACUCUAAUAACAGAAAUGAACUGUGGGUGUCCCUCUUGGAGAAAGCCUAUCUCAAGGUCAUGGGAGGCUAUGACUUUCCUGGAUCUAAUUCUAAUAUUGACCUCCAUGCACUGACAGGCUGGAUACCAGAGAGAAUUGGAAUCAAAUCAAGUGCCAAGGAGUUUGAUGCUGAGAAAGUGUUUAAGAAAAUACAAGAUAGAUUUCACAAAGGACAUUGUCUGGUUACUGUAGCGACUGGAGAUUUAACUGAAGUCGAGGCAGAUCGCGCUGGACUUGUUCCCACUCAUGCGUAUGCUAUGCUGGAUGUCAGAGAGGUCAAGGGACAGAAACUGUUCAUGUUGAAGAACCCAUGGAGUCAUCUAAGAUGGAAGGGUAAUUUCUCAGAGCAUGAUACCACUCACUGGACACCUGAGCUCCAGAGACUAUGCAAUUAUGACCCCAAAAGUGCCCAGCAAUAUGACAAUGGAGUAUUCUGGAUAGACUAUGAAUCAAUGAUGAAGUUCUAUGAAGUUAUAUAUCUUAAUUGGAAUCCAGAUAUAUUCAGUCACACUACUUGUAUGCAUCACACUUGGACUGCUAAAGAUGGCCCCCGCAAGGAUGCUUACACCAUAGGAGACAAUCCCCAGUAUAAGUUGGAAGUCAGGGCACCUCAGCCCUGUGUGGUCUGGAUUCUCCUUACGAGACAUAUCACUGAUAAGGAUGACUUUGCUGACAACAGGGAGUUUAUAACAGUUGUAGUCUAUAAACCUGCUGGCAAGAAAAUAUUCUACCCUUAUGAGCCAGCGCCAUAUAAAGAUGGCGUAAGAAUCAACAGUCCCCAUUACUUGUGCCAAAUGGUGGAGCCUGCCGGGACGUCCCAAUACACUCUAGUCAUCUCUCAGUAUGAGAAGAGCAAUACCAUUCACUACACCCUCAGAGUUUACUCCACGGCUCCUUUCUCAUUGGACAAGAUUGGAGAACCUUACAUUCCAAAAUAUGAAAAAUCAUGUAGUGGGGAGUGGAAAGGUAAAACAGCAGGGGGAUGUGGCAACUACAGAGAGACCUAUCAGAACAACCCCAUCUAUCAGGUGAAGAUAGACAACACAAGUACAGCUAACUGUAUACUAAUUGAGCUGAAAGGCCCAAAGCAGUACAGUGUUGGCUUUGAGGUGAUAGCAGUGUCUUGUAGUAACCCUAGUGCACCGGGUGCCUUCACUAAAAAACAAUCAGGAGAUUUCAGGAAGGGGUUUGUGUGUUUAUCAUUGGAAAGCCUACCAGGAGGGGUGUAUAACAUCAGACCAUGUACUUUCUACCCAGGCAAUGAAGGGCCUUUCAUUCUGAAUAUCAGUACAAAUGUACCAAUCAGCCUUACCAGACUACAGUAAGGCUAAACUGUAUUGAUAGACUGCAGUGUGAUAUACUUCAGUAUAGGAUAGACUGCGGUAAAUGAGACUACACUAGGGCUAAACUGUAGUAUGCGAGACUGCAAUAUGAUAGACUGCAGUGCAGUAUAGACUGCAGCUAAUGAGACUGGGGUAGACUAGUCUAUACUUUUUAAAUGCAAUCACUUCAGUGCUUUCUUAGUGACAGAUCUAGAGAAUUUGGGGAUCUGAGAAAUACAGUACGGUUUUCCUCAGGAUUUUGGUGCUAAUUUACAUUUAUCAGUUUUGACUAAAAAAUGCCCGAAAUAUUCCUUUAAUCAAUAUUUGAAAAAUAUAUCUGUAAAUUUUCUUAUGUGAUUGCAAUUUACCCCGUGCUUUCUUUGUUACAAAGUAAGGGGAACCUGGGGCAAGAUGGACAUAUAUUUGCCCCUACCACUAGGAUAAUUUUUAAAUGAUCUAGCUGACCUCUAGCUCUCUAUAUACAAUGUGCAAGAAUAUUUUAACAAAUGUAUACUAUCAGGGAGACAAACAUGAUCUAUAUGCCUCGUCUUAACCCAUGGAUUACUGUGAUAUGUGCAACAUGACAUUAUUAGAUUUGUAUAUAUUUGCAUUCUUUGGUGCUUACUGUGCAGACUGGGGGAUAUACAUGUUAUUUCAUUGGAAUUUGAAUUAUCUAUCUCAUGGUAUACUAUAUGCAAGCAAUGAUGGAAAUAUUAAGACAGCUUGAAUAUAAAUG